UGAGUUGUCAGAGCGGCUACGAAGACAUUAAACACGAGAGCAACUUGCUGAAAUUCCGCUAACGAUUUUACAUCACAACAUCGACCUUGUGAUAACUGCAUGAAACGGAAUCUUUCAACGAGGACUUCCGUACAGCACUCCACGUCCAUCAGUUCCUCUCAAGCUUUGCCUGCUGGACUUAAGGCUUUAAUAAUUGAACAUGAAUUAGUUGGGUUACUGUGAAUUUUACGCAGCAAAUGAUUGUUUAGCACUGUAUGCAUGGCGCGCGGGUCGUGAUGUUUAUGAAGGAAUCAAUUGGAGGAACAACUUUAAAGAGUUUUCGAGGCUGCUUGAUGACUUAUGUUUUUUCCGUUUGUCAACUUGUCUGGGAGACCUACUCUUACUUGAGUGAAAAUUCUCAGUUAUGAACUUGAAGUAAUGAAACACUGACUGACUGGUAGGAUGGUCAAGUUCGCGCCUGUAAUAUCUAGCGCAGCCGUUGCGAGAGCUCAGGGGAACACUUCGCGGACAAGAGCAUCAAAUGUGCCUAAUGGACGAGUAAGACUGCCUUCUCUAUACCCUGCAAUAUCACUAAAAUCUUUACAUGGACGAUCAGACGGCAGCGAGUCAAACACAGGUUUCGAACAGGCACCAGCGAGUCGUCUUUUUGGGCAGCCAUCCAUCGAUGUCACAGAACAAGGAUAUGACAAAGAUGGGACAAGUCUUUCAAGAGAACUUCACGGUGAUGAAAACGGAGCCGUCCCGUCAAAAGUUAAAGGUUCUUCGAUAGUGGUCGGGGCUGCCGGCAUUUUGCGGGCAGCAACGGCUAUCGCGGUAGAUAACACGACAGCAGAAACGACAGUACAUCAAGCAGAACAUCAAAUAGAGGAGCCAGAAUGCGAGACGUUUGUGAUAAUUGCUACCCGACUAGGAAGACAAUACGUGUUUAGGUUUAGCAAAGAGAAAUCACUUUAUCUAUUUGGACCGUUGAAUGCAGUGAGGAAAGCAAUAAUUAUUCUCGUUACGAAUCAAUUUUUUGAAUUGUUUAUACUUCUAACCAUAAUAAUAAAUUGUAUUUUUCUCGCCUUAAAGAAUGCUCCAGAGGAACCAGAGUAUGUAUUUGCUGCCAUAUACACCGUUGAAAUGAUUCUUAAAAUCAUCGCUAAAGGAUUUUGCAUGCACAAAUUUGCCUAUCUUAGAGACCCAUGGAACUGGUUAGAUUUCGUUGUUGUUAUUUUGGGUUACAUCACCCUUUUACCAAAUGUCUACAAUUUGUCCGGGAUUAGAACAUUUCGAGUUCUUCGAGCUCUUAGAACCAUUUCAACGGUAGAAGGAUUAAAGACAAUGGUGAACGCUCUUCUCAAGUCGAUGACCAUGUUAUCUGACGUGUUAAUUCUAACUUUGUUUUUCCUGUGCAUAUUUGCCUUGGUUGGGAUGCAACUUUUUGUGGGUCAGCUGAGAAACAAGUGUGUGAACGACCUUCCGUCAAUAGGUUCUGUUGGUUACAAUAGGUACAUAGCCAAUGAAAGUGUUUGGUUCAAAAGUAGCAUCGAUGGGCCAAUGGUUUGUGGAAAUGCAUCAACUGCUGGUCACUGUCCGGCUAACUAUACAUGCUUGUCUGUUGGUGACAAUCCUAACUAUGGUUACACUAACUUUGAUAACUUUGCCUGGUCUUUGGUAACUGCUUUUCAACUUAUUACCAUGGACUUUUGGGAAAAUGUCUUCAAUUAUGUUCUCGCCUCCAUGGGUUCAUGGUAUGUCUUUUAUUUCAUGUUCGUGGUUUUCUUUGGUUCGUUUUAUCUCAUCAAUCUGGUCCUUGCCGUGGUGGCCGUCUCAUAUCAACAAGAAGUUGUAUCUAUGCAAGAAAGGGACAAAAACUACGAAGAGCUUAAAGCCGUUGUCUCCUCUUAUUCGUUUCACGGGCGAGCUGUGCCAAAACUCCUGACCGAGAGCGGAAAGUCAAAACCAGAAACCCUGGUAACAAAAUGCAAGCUCUCUCUUUGUGCUCCUUGUUUUAAGAGUUGCACUGGAUCAAAAUCGCACGAGACUAGGGAAGUCAAUAAUGCUAGUGAACUUGAUGGAAGUCACACAAGUUUGCGUUACUCACCAUGUGGGUCACGUGCGACGGAAAUGAAGAGUGUAACGCCAGAGCAUACAUCUGUCACGGAUAAAAAUGAAAAUUUUCCCGUUGUGAAAACGUCGAACAAGGAAGACACACAGAUACGAUUACCGCCUGCUAACUCAAUUGCUACUCGAUCCAAACAACUUUCGUCUUCACCAAACAAUUCAAAUUCAGAAGCUAGUGAAAUUUCAAACAGUAGAUUUUUAGAAGUAAAGCCAUCAUGGACGACAACUUUGAGUAUUAUUAGCGAAAAUGAAACAUUAGACAAUGACAAUCAUUCCGCGAAUGGAGAUGAUUGUAACGGAAUGAAAAAAGUUAAAUUACCCGGAAUAUCUACGGCGUCAUCACCCACAGUGAGUCCCCGGUCUUCAACGAGUUUGGAACCCCAGAAAAAGGACACUAAACACAGGAAAGAAGAGUUGUCAAGACGGAAAAAGAUUCAAAGACAUAUUUCUAAGCUGACGAUGGAUCCCUUGUUUGAUAUGUUCAUUACAUUUUGUAUACUUGUAAAUACUUUGUUUUUAUCUUUGGAAUAUCAUGGAAUGAACGAGAACUUUAGAGUAGCUCUGGCUGUUGGGAAUAUGGUUUUCACGUUUGUAUUCGUCUUGGAGAUGGUCUUGAAGUUGAUUUCUUUAGGUCCACGAGGUUACGUGAAAAGUCGUUGGAAUAUAUUUGACGGUUUCAUUGUGGUAAUAAGCGUUGUGGACCUUAUUCUCGAGCUCGCUGUUGACGGCAAAGGAGCAGGACUCAGCGUUCUUAGGACUUUCAGACUUCUGCGUGUUUUCAAACUUGCCCAGUCCUGGGAGACAAUGAACAUGUUACUAAGAACAAUCGCCAGUAGCAUUGGUCAGCUUGGUAACCUCACCUUGGUGUUGGGGAUCAUUGUGUACAUGUUAGCAGUUGUCGGAAUGCAGUUAUUUGGAAGCGUCUACACAGAAGAGAAAUUCGGCGGUGAUAUUCCGCGCUGGAAUUUCAACGAUUUUGGUCACGCUUGCAUGAUGAUAUUCAGAGUACUUUGUGGAGAAUGGAUAGAACCGCUGUAUGAUAGUAUGCGGGCGACGAGCCCCGUGUCCUUCCUGUUCUUUCUGACAGCUUUAGUCAUCGGAAAUUUUUUGGUUUUAAACUUAUUUCUUGCACUGCUGCUUAAUGCCUUUGCUCGCGAGUCCCUCAAAGAUGACGCAAAUAAAAAGGGGGAGUCUAAACCGAGCAGGUUUUUUCAAGGGGUCCAGCGACUCAGCAGAGUUCUGCGCCUAAAUAGUGUGAUCCAGCGGAAAGCGCAGGUCAAACCUUCACUUGGUUCCCAGGCCCUUAGCGAGGAUGGACCAAAACCAGAGGGAAACUCGGAGAGCGGAGACGUCCUUAAUGGUACUCCUGCGCUGAUGAAUGCAGUAACAGCUUUUCAGAAGAAAGGAAAACUCAACAGAGACACUGUCAAACGGCUUUCCAUCGCAAUCGAAGCAGCAAACAAGGACUCCAUAACUUCGAGCACAGUACUAAGCUUAGCUCGUUCGUCAGCAGCCAUAUCCAGCCCGCGAGAAAGUACCCAGAUUGACCAGCCGGCUGAUCCCGCCAUGACGGAGGUGCAAGAAUGCUGUCCAUGUUGCACGAAACGCUGCACUUGCAACUGCAUCGCUAUGUGGAAACGAUCCUGCGGUUAUCGUUUGUGGAGAAACGUGCGUCAUAGGAUCAAAAAAUUUGUCGAACAUCGGUACUUCGAGUGGGCCAUUCUCGUGAUCAUUGUGGCUAGUAGCGUAACACUGAUUUUUGAGGACAUUCACUUGGACAAGAAACCAACACUGAAAAAAGUUUUGGAUUAUUUAAACAUCGUUUUUGCAGUGGUUUUCACUUUGGAAUUUAUCAUGAAGACAAUCGGCUUAGGCUUAGUGACUUACUUCAAGAAUGCCUGGAAUUGUUUAGAUGUGGUCAUUGUCGCUAUAUCCAUUCUCACGGCUGUUGAAUCUAUUGAAGAACUAAACUCUAUGUCACUCACCGUUGUAGCGAAUCAAACUACAGAUGGCGACAGUAGCCUGGCGGCAUUUCGUUCCCUACGUACUUUGCGGGCCCUCAGACCUUUGAGAGCCAUUUCCCGCUGGGAGGGUAUGAAGGUUGUGGUGAAUUCUCUGCUGUUUGCAAUCCCUGGAAUUGGCAAUGUUCUACUGGUGUGCAUGGUGUUCUGGCUCAUCUUCAGCAUUGUGGGUGUUCAGUUUUUCGGAGGGCGUUUUUACAAAUGCAUCGACAGCAACGGGGAAAGGCUACCUAUCAGCAUUGUGCAGAAUAAAACGGAUUGUGAUAGGCUUAAACUUCGUUGGGUAAAUUCGAAUAUCAAUUUUGACAACGCUGCGAAUGGCUUCAUAGCUCUUUUUCAAGUGGCGACAUUUGAAGGUUGGAUGGAGAUCAUGAGAGACGCAGUAGACGCUAGAGAGGUUGGACAGCAGCCGGAAAGCCAGUACCGUUUCUUUCCUUAUUUAUACUUCGUUGUGUUUAUAAUCGUCGGUUCUUUCUUCACCUUGAAUCUUUUCAUCGGAGUUAUAAUCGACAACUUCAAUCGACUGAAAAAACAGUAUGAAGACAGCGGAGCGCUUGACAUCUUUCUGACGCCGUCCCAGAAGGCGUGGUUCAACACUCUGAAGAAAGCUGCGAACAAGAAACCGAAGAAAAUGAUCAGUAGACCCGGGGUGAGAUGGCAGGCCAAAGUGUUCGAUAUGAUUCACAGCUCAAGGUUUGAAACCGCGAUAAUGGCGAUGAUCUGUCUCAACAUGCUGGUUAUGAUGAUUCAACAUUAUGGUCAGAGUGAAGAGGUCCAAUUCACACUGAAUGUUAUAAAUCUCGUCUUUACCGCCAUAUUUCUUCUGGAAGCUGUGAUCAGGAUCGUUGCUCUUCGUCUUCAUUACUUUACACAGCCAUGGAACAUCUUCGAUUUCACCAUUGUGAUACUGUCUAUUAUAGGCAUUAUCGUGGAAUAUCUUGACUACAGCUUCAUAGUCACCCCCAGUUUAUUCCGCGUGGCACGUGUCUUCAGAAUUGGACGGCUGCUACGUUUUUACAAAGGCGCACGUGGUAUUCGCCGGCUUCUUUUUGCUUUGGUGAUCUCUCUACCUGCUCUGUUCAACAUCGGAGCCCUCCUCUUCCUUGUUAUGUUUAUUUACGCCAUCAUCGGAAUGUCAUCGUUUGGUUAUGUAAAAAAGACAGGCGCACUCGACGAAUUAGUGAAUUUCGAGACUUUUGGCAGUAGUAUGUUACUGUUGUUCCGUCUUUCCACAUCUGCUGGUUGGAACGAUGUAUUAGAACCGCUGUUAAUAAAACCUCCAGACUGCGAUGAAAAUUAUCUAGGGCAACCAAAUGGAAACUGUGGAAUACCAUGGCUAGCAAUUCUUUAUUUCUUCACCUUUAUAUUAUCGACUUUUCUAAUCAUUAUCAACAUGUACAUAGCCAUUAUUUUAGAGAAUCUAAGCCAAGCUCAUCAACAGGACGAAGUCGGAAUCACGGAUGAUGAUUUAGAAAUGUUUUAUACUCACUGGGAGCGGUUUGACCCGAAUGCAACCCAAUACAUUCUUUAUUCGCAGUUGUCCGACUUUGUUGACGGUCUCGAACAGCCCUUGAGAAUACCGCAGCCGAACAAAUUUGCUUGCAUUCACUUAAAUAUUCCCAUCAAACAAGGGGACAGAAUUCACUGUUUUGAUGUGAUGCAGGCUUUGGUGCGACGAAUUAUCGGCGAAAUUGAAGAAGAAGGCUCGGUUGCGUUCGCGUUAAUGAAGUCCCGCAUGGAACAUCAUUUCGUGAGCGCUUUUCCAAAGCGUGCUAAAACUCAGACGGAAAGCACAACGUUGAAAAGAAUUCAGGAAAUCCGUGCUGCUACCAUAAUUCAACGAUCUUACAGGCAAUAUCGCUUCCAACUGGAGCUGCGGCGCUUCCGGCUCCAAAGGAGUCAUCAAACUCUAGAACAUGCACAGAGCUCCACUUCCUUGAGAGGGAAUAGUCCGUCUGGGAGCGUUCAGGUUAUGGUGCAGGAUAGAGCGCCAAAUAGCGCACCUCGAGCUACGGUGGUGACAAUUGGAGAUGGUACUCUAGCUUGAUAAAUGUUGUGUUUAAGAUUUAUGAUCACCAGCUGGUUUAUUUCUUUAUUUCUUUGACAAUUGGAGAUGGUACUCUAGCUUGAUAAACGUUGUGUUUAAGAUUUAUGAUCACCAGCUGGUUUA